AUGAACCCAGCCAGAUUUCCAUCCAGGAAAAAAGGGAAAGGGAUUGGAGAGGGGAUCGGGGAGAGCGGGGUCAGGGGGGAGAGGGAGGAAGGGGGGAGGCAGACUGUGGAGGGGAAGAAGACGGGAAGGAGUGCUGGGCGCACGCACAAAGAGGGCAAGCAGCACGCACAGGGAGACGAUGAAGCCAGCCGCAUUGCAGCGCACGCCCUCCACCUGCGCGCAGUCCCCCCCCUUGCUCCAUCCGCGCAGCUGCGCCUGCCACUGCCCCUGACACUCCGCCAGCACCGCCGCUGCGGGGGACAGCCGCGGAGGUGGGGGAGGGGGGGAAGGAGAUUGGGAUGA